UCAGCGCGGCUGCCCGCCCUGUUCUCGGAGCCCAGAGCCGCUGCCCAGGGGGAUGCGGGAGCCCCCGGUUCGGGGGAACAGAGAGGCAGGCGGGGUGAGGGGCGUUGCCAGGCAACGCGUGAGCGCCGCGGUUGGGGAGCCGAGGACGGCAUGUCCCAGGCCCCAGGAGCUCAGCCAAGCCCGCCCUCCGUGUACCACGAACGGCAACGCCUGGAGCUCUGUGCCGUCCACGCCCUCAACAACGUCCUGCAGCAGCAGCUCUUCAGCCAGGAGGCUGCCGAUGAAAUCUGCAAGAGGUUGGCCCCAGACUCCCGGCUGAACCCCCACCGCAGCCUCCUGGGCACCGGCAACUAUGAUGUCAACGUGAUCAUGGCCGCCUUGCAGGGGCAGGGCCUGGCCGCCGUGUGGUGGGACAGAAGGAGGCCCCUGUCCCAGCUGGCGCUGCCACAGGUGCUGGGGCUGAUCCUGAACCUGCCCUCGCCCGUGUCACUGGGGCUGCUGUCCCUGCCGCUGCGCCGGCGGCACUGGGUGGCCCUGCGCCAGGUGGACGGCGUCUACUACAACCUGGACUCCAAGCUGCGGGCGCCCGAGGUCCUGGGCGACGAGGAUGGCGUCAGGGCCUUCCUGGCAGCCGUGCUGGCUCAGGGCCUGUGCGAGGUGCUGCUGGUGGUGACCAAGGAGGUGGAGGAGAAGGGCUCCUGGCUGCGGACAGACUGACCCCGAGGAGGAGGGGAUCACGGCCGCCCGCCCGCCCACCUGCAUGGGGUAGACCCCGCGCCUCCACAUCUGGCUCCCGAGUGCCAGGGAAGGACCAGGCCCUGCACCUUGUGGACCCAGUGGAGGCCCCAGCCCCUUCCCUGCACCCCUCCCCCACCCUACAUGCCACUGCUGCCUCAGUAAACCUGAUGA